CGGGGAGCCAAAGCGUCUCCUCUUGUGUCUUGGAAUUUCAUGAAGUGACCUUUCUGCUUGAGUAACAGAACUCUCAGAGUUCCUGCCGAGCCAGCCCCAGCCUUGCCUGGAAGGCAAUGCUCCACCCCUCUGCUGGCCCUGGGCCAGUCCAUGUCCAAGUGCAGAGGUUCCUUCCACACAUUGACAGUGAGUAGCAGCAAGGCUGGCUGGGUGACUGGGACCUGUCCUUCAACAGAUCAGGAGAGCCAUGGACUGGGGAUGGUGCAGCCUGGUGCGGGAGCUUUACUUGGGCUGUAUCCUGCUCCUUCCUGUGGUUACAAGUCAGCCCUGCAGAUCGGGAUUCAAGCUUAUGACAAAUCAAGAUUGCAUUGAUAUCGAUGAAUGUGAAGAUCGUCAGUUAUGUGGAGCAAACACAAUGUGUCAAAACACAGUAGGAAGUUACUACUGUUCCAGCAUGCAUGGAUUCCAGUCUUAUCUCAAUGCUUCCCAUCGGGCAGGCUAUCAAGAGGUUGCCAGUGGUGGACACACACGGCUCAGGGAACGCGCGGCGCUUGACAGACAGGACUCCACUGAGGCUGAUCACGGAAACACCACAGCACCUGAUCAUGGAAGCAUGAAUAUGCCUGAUAACAGGAGCACACCUGAGCCAGGUAGUGGGAGCUCACCUGAGCUUGCGAGUGAGAACACAUUCAACCUGAUCACGGAAAGCACGCCCAAGCCUUAUAAUGGAAAUACACCUGAGCCAGGUAAUAGGAGCUCACCUGAUCCUGAUAACAGGAGCACACCUGAGCCUGAUGCUGGAACCAGGAGCGCACCCAAGCCUGGAACCAAGAUCACACCCAAGCCUGGAACCAAGAUCACACCUGAGCCUGAGACCAGGAACACACCUGAGCCUGAUGCUGAUAAUGGGAGCACACUUGAGCCUGGAACCAGGAGCACACUUGAGCCUGAUGCUGAUAAUGGGAGCACACCUGAACCUCCACCUGAGCCUGAAUCCAGCUCCUCUUCCACUCCACCCACUGACGUUAGGAGCCACAGCGACCCUGCUGGACAGGGGGAUCUCGGUCUGACGUCAACCCUGGAACAGCCAGCUUCUCCUGGGGGGCAGUUUUGUUCCAUGGCAACUAACGAGAGUCGGAUCUUUGAUAAGUUGUGCCAUAAUGCCGACAACGGAUUACAGUUAGAGGAUGUCAUCCUCUACACAACAGAGCUGCUGAUGGAGGACGUCCCGCUGGUGGGAAUGAGGCAGGACGAGCGGAUAAACUCAGCCUCCAGUCUCCUGACGGCAGUGGAAAGGGCAGCCAUCACACUGGGACUGAGCUCAGCCAAGGACAAAGUGAAGAACAUCACCCACCAGGAAAUAGACCUGCAGGUCAUUCGUGUGGACAGCAAGCCCACAGCUAACAGUGUACGACUGCAAGCCAAGGAGAACGCCCUGGAUGUUUCAUGGAGAACUGACACUAACACCUCUGGGAAAGGUUUUGCCGUCUUUGCUUUCAUCGUGUACAACAACCUGGAUCCGAUCCUGCAGGGAGCACGCCACAAAGACCAGGAAAGUGGAGAUCUUUACGAAGACAUUCAACUCUACUCUAAAGUGGUUUCAGCUGCUCUGGAAUUGUCACCCAAAACCAGCUUUUCCGUGGCUGUGAACUUUGUCUUAAAGCACAAAGAGGUUGCGGCCGCUGGUGGGAGACUGUCCUGUGUGUACUGGAGUCACACGCCCACCGGGAGUUACUGGUCCACGAGUGGCUGUAGGCUGGUGCAUUCCAAUAGCAGCCACACCAGGUGCCAGUGUCACCACCUGUCCAGCUUUGCCAUUCUGAUGGCUUUCAACAAGAAGCUGCAGGGCUACUCCCAGGACGCCCUCUCCACCAUUACCUUCAUCGGGAUCCCCAUCUCUCUGCUCUGUCUCCUCGUGGCCCUCAGCACCUUCACCUUCUGCUCGCAGGCCAGGAACUCGGUGAGCGCCACCCACACUCAGCUGUGUCUGAGCCUCUUCCUGGCCGAGUUGCUCUUCCUGGUCGGGAUCAACAGGACGGAGAACCGGGCCAUGUGUGGGAUUGUAGCGGGGUGCUUACAUUACUUGUUCCUGGUGGCUUUCACUUGGAUGAGUUUGGAGUCAACUCAGCUGUACCUGAUGGUCAGGAACCUGAGGAAGAUGAGGGUGCCCAAUUCCAGUCAACUGGGGAAGCUCAUCUACCCGCUGGGAUACGGGAGCCCUGCGCUGAUCGUGGCCAUCUCCGCAGUGAUAAACCCCAAUGGAUACGGAUCGGAGCGAAACUGCUGGUUACAGGUGGAGAACGGUUUUGUCUGGAGCUUUCUGGGACCGGUUUACUUGAUCAUUUUGGCCAACACCUUCCUCUUCACCACGACUCUCUACACCUUGAACGAAGAGCUUUCUAAUCGUGACAUGAAAGUGUCGAAGAUUAAAGACACAAGGAUGCUGAUAUUUAAAGCCAUUUCACAGGUGUUCAUCCUGGGCUGCACCUGGAUCCUUGGACUGUUCCACUUCCAGGAGGAAACGGUGGUGAUGGCCUACCUGUUCACCAUCGUCAACAGUUUCCAGGGCACCUUCAUCUUCAUCAUCCUGUGCAUCCUGAAUCCCAAGAUAAGGGAUGAAUACCAGAAGUGGAUUUUCUCCAUUUGCAAGACCAGGAGGAUCUUAUUUGACUCUGAAUCCACCAAGAUGCCAUUGUCAGUCACAUCGGAAAUAGUGUGACCAGAUGGAGCCAGGCGCCCCAGUUUUCUGCAGUUACCUAAAACACAAGAUGUAUUUCAACAAAAUGUGGAGAUACUACUUUCUAAAAUGCCAUUCAUCUCCAAUAUCUUUUCAUUCACCAGACCCACUUCCAAUAUCUUUCUGUCCGGUGACCACAGCAAGAAGUCCUGGAGAAGCAAGGAACAACUUUACCCUGUGGUCGACAAGAGGCCUUUUGUUGAAAGUUUAUUUCACAGUUACAAUCCUUUAAUAUUUCUACCUCCUUAAAGAUAGAAGGGUAUAAAUUUAAUUUUCUACUGAUGACUUUGGGGAGAGCCAGUUAAUCCCUAUGGAUUGUUUAGUGUAAAACAGAGUAUUUCAAAGGAUUGAGUAUUCCUUUUCAUCCAGCACAUAACUCUUUUAUUGUGUAUAAGACAUUUCAGGGCCAGUUGUAAUCUAUGGAUCUGUUAUUAGACAGUUGGUGGUUUCUUACAACAUCUUCUGGGUUGGAGUUAAAGUGAAAUGUGGCAACUUAAUCGUAAUCGCUUAAGAAUGGCUAUGCAUGAGCAAUUUAAAGUCUAACACAUUGAUAAAAGUAUGGAACUAAUUCAAAGCUGAGUGGUCUCCAUUGGUGGUAAUGCUCUAGUUUUCUGGUAAGUUAACAGCCCAACUCCAGUCUUCAGUACAAAAUCUAGACUGCAGUGGGAAGUGCCAGGCAUCUACACUCUCACAAAUGGCAGUGAACCAGUACGUCAGCAUUGAAAGAAGUGCUCUCUCUCUGGAGCCAUAUCCAAGCUCUUGUCGUCAUAGAAAAUAAAGCAGAUACUAAAAUUCUGUCAAAAAAAUUGGCAGAAACACUCUGCAGGUCAGGCAGCAUCUGUGGAGUGAGAAGCAAAUUUAACACUUUAGGUCAGAGGAAAGCAGAGAUGGGCCAUCGAUCUGGUGCAGCUGCAGCCUUCUCUUUCAGCACCAACAUGCUGGACCUCAUUAUCACCAAUGAUGAGGUUGUUCUUGGAACCUCCUACUCCCCAUUUAAUUACCAUAGUGAUAAUGUUUAAAGGGACCUGAUGUGUUUCCAUGCAAAUUACCAAGGCCAAUAGACAGAUGUAACAAGCCAUUGGGGAGCCAAGUGAUACGGUGGUCUUUAUUGCCAGAGGACGUGAAAAUGUCUGUGUGAUUACACAGGGCCUUGUUGAGGCCACACCUGGAUCUCCCCACUCCCAGGACACACACACACACACCCCACCCCGUCUCCCCGGUCCCAGAUCUACACCAAUCCCAUUUGCCCACAUUAGGUCCAUAUCUACACCCUGCCUAGUUAAGCUUCUGACUAAAUGCCUCUUCAAUGUAGGCACUGCAUCUGAUUCCUCCACCUCCUCUGACAGCAUGUUCCAGAUAUCAACCACUGUGUAAAAUCUUGCCCCUCAAAUCCCCUUUAAACCUCCUUCCUCGUGUCUUAAACCCACACUCUCUUGUUUUUAAUACCUCUACCAUGGGGUAAAGAAUCUAUCUACUCUAUCUACACCUCUCAUAAAUCUUACAUACCUUUAUCAGGUCACCCCUCAGCCUCCUUCACUCCAGAGAAAACAAGCCCAGCCUGUCUGGUCUCCCCCCUCCCCCAGUAACUAAAGUCCUCCAAUCCAGACAGCAUGCUGGUGAAUCUCUGCUGCACUCUCUCCUAUGCAGUCCCAUCCUUCCUACUGUGUGGCGACCAGAACUGCACACAGUACUCCAGCUGUGGUCUAACAAGUGUUUUGUAAAGUUCUCUGAAAAGGUCUCACGUUACUUGUGCCACUGCUUGGCAUGUUAUUUCUGGGAUGUCCAAGGUGGCAGAUUAGUGUUGGUAACCACGUUGGUACAAUAAUGUCACUCUGGUGUGUAGCCCAGCUUACUUUGGGAUCUUUCUCCAGCACCAUCACUCCAGGGCAGAUAUCUGAGACAUAGGACACAGGUUAAAGCUUAGAACUAUUAAGUCAUGAUUGAAGGAAAAAGGCCAUUUGGCCCACCACGUCCACACCAUGUAGCAGGCACCCAUCUGUGUUCAUCACAUCUUCCAGCACUUAGCCUGCAGCCUUCAAUGCCUAAUUGAUUCAAGUGCUUGUCUAGACACUUCUUUGAUGCUGUCAGUGACUCUGCUUCCACUGCACUCUCGGGCAGUGCAUCCCAGCUACUCACCAUUCUCUGGGUGAGAAAGGUCCCCCUCAGAUCCCUACUGAACCUCUUACACAAAAUCUGUGUCUUCAAUUCUUCUAAUUUAUUGUCAUAUUCAUAGGAUUUUAAAUAUCUUUUUAAUUAAAUUAGUUUCAAGUUUACUGCAUUGGUCAGCCAGUAUUUGAAAUAUCAUAAUUUGCUAGUUUUUUCAAAAUAGGAACUCCUUUUUACAAAGCACCGUGCCCAAGGCUUAUAUAUCAGUCAGGUGACCCAUUCCCAACUUGUUGGUGUGGUGAUGACAUAGGAAAAUUCAGGUUGGCUGCUCUUCAACUUCACAUCCACCAAAUAAGGGGGAGAUCACAACCCGAGAGCACAGCUGAUUCAAGCCAUUUCACCACCUAAGUUACACAUUCCAAAUGACAUUGGCCUUGCAUUUGCAGAUGCAACAAAGGUGAAACUAGCAUUCCCUGCCAUCAUCAUGUAAUACUGACAGCAACCUUUCAUUUUUCAAGUGCACAGUUGAAAACUGAAGUUGGAGUUGAUUAUACCUGCUUUCCAGCAUGCCACCUCUGCAGCCAUCUUGUAUUCCUUCAGAUCUAAGCUGACAACAUCAGCUGGACUCAUGGGUUACUUGUCCAUUUCACAGGGCAGCAAGAGGUCUGGAGUCACACUUAGGUUGAACCCACUUUGGGAUGAUUUCCUUUCCCACAAGACACUGGUAAACCAGACCAGUGGUCAUGACAAUCCAUACUUUCACGGUCAUUAUUAUGUUAGCUCUUAUUCUAGAUUUAUUUAAUUAACCUAAUUUAAACAUCAAGAGUUCAACUCUAGGAACUAGGACUCUGGACCAAUGCCCUGACCUCUGGAUUGAUAACCCUAUAACACAUUAUACUACUACUUGUACGCAAAAACCAACAUUAAAAAAUCAGUGAUUUAACCUGAACUUUUUUCUAAAAACACACUAGAAUUUCUACAAAAAACAUUGGAAAUAUUAAACCAUAUUUAAAUACAGUGCAAUAGCUUUUAUAAACCACUUUGUCAGCCAAUUGUUUGACCACUUUGCCAGCCAAUGAGUUGACUAACAGACCUUAGUUGGUGUUUUAACUCAGUAAACAGCCUACGUAUAACAGUGCACUGCAGCAGAAUACAAAAUCAUGUUAUAAAAGUAUCUGCAUGGUAUAACAAACAAAACUCAUGAUUGAAAUCUCAGCAGUGACUUCAAACAAAAGGUUAAUUUCUCCAAAAUGCUGUGAAUGGAAAAUAGUUACAGAGACUAUGCAAAAUUUGUGCCAGUCAGUAGCAACAGUGUGGGCUUUAGGUGUGGCUGAUGGACGAAUUGUGUGAAUCAUUUCCAUUCCAGACUGGAAUACUUGUGUUGUCGAUGUAACUGCACAGCGAAGGAAAUGGCAAAAGACGUUCUUCAACUAAUGUGUACAACUCAGAAAAUAAAAGGCAAAAUCAUCACCUUCUUCUUCUGCCUGGGUAACAACACCAAUUGGAAAAGUAAAAGAGGGUUAAAUUGAGUCCAAUUAAAGGCACACUGUGUAAUCUAAAGGUCCUUCAGAAAAGGCUUCUUGGCAAAGUUGGAGAGGAAGCU